GGUAGUGGCUCAGAGGCGAUAGGGCGGAUAUGACGGUAGUAGGUCCGUGGAUAAAAUGGCUCGACGGGGGCGGAACGGCAUCAGAACUUCGGUGUGUGGUGUGAAGACACGACCGAGCAGCCUCCAGACAGCCAUCAUGAGAACAGUGACAUGUCUCGCCCUUUUCGUCGCGGCUACUGCCGGAGCCGUCCGACGACCUGUUGGUCUGAGCCAGGACGGCACCUACUGGCCUGAAAGGGCUCAGGGCGAAAGACGCCCUCUUGGUCUGAGCCAGGACGGCACCUAUUGGCCUGAGAAGGCCCAGGGUGAGAGGCGUCUUCUUGGUCUGAGCCAGGACGGCACCUACUGGCCUGAGAAGGCCCAGGGUGAGAGGCGUCUUCUUGGUCUGAGUCAGGACGGCACAUACUGGCCUGAGAGGGCCCAGGGUGGAAGACGUCCUCUUGGUCUGAGCCAGGACGGCACCUACUGGCCCGAGAAGGCCCAGGGUGAGAGGCGUCUUAUUGGUCUGAGUCAGGACGGCACCUACUGGCCCGAGAAGGCCCAGGGUGAGAGGCGUCUGCGUGGUCUGAGGCAGGAUGGCACCUACUGGCCUCGGAAGGUUCAUCGUAAAAAUCAUAGCUUUGAAUCUGCCUCUAGCGAAGAGGAAUCCUCCGACACUCCGGUCGUCGUUUCGGACAACUCCAGCGGUCAGGCGGGAGAGUUCGACACCUUCCGCGCUCGUCACCAGCGUCGGCACCAGCGUCGUCACCAGGGUGACGCCACCCGUCACCAGCACCGGCGUCACCACCACCGUCAGGAGGAGCGGGAUGGCGCGCAGGACUCGGCGGAGUCGAGCGGUACGCCCGGCGGUGAGGAGGCCCGCGAGUGAGCGUUGGUCGUAGGACGAGUGCCAGGGUGACCCAGCGUGCGUCUCGAUACGGAAGCGCGCCGUAGUAUUAGGUUGACCUAAUGCAGAUAUAAUGACGUCACAGGACGGCUCUUUAUUUUGAUAGAUUAUUUUGAUGGGCGGUAGUUUUGUAUGCUUGGAAAAUAGUUGAAUGUGAUUUUUUGGAUUCCGUUUUAUUAUAUUGGCAAUUUAUUACAUUGGCAUAGAACAUACUAAUUGAUGUCUUGACAGAAAAAAUGAACGCUUUGGAUACCUUUUCUUCGCCAUUUUAUGUGCUGUGACUUUCAUAGAUUAUAUGCUGUAAGUUGUCAUAUAUAUUUUUGCUUGAGCUGUGUUACCAAAGGGUAUUUUGUUGUUAUUGAAAAUAAAUGAAUACACCCA